AUGGAAACACCUUUCAAAGCUGUUGGCAAGUUGGUUGACAUAGUGAAUGGAAUGGCCAAGUCCCGUGCCUUAUACACCGUAGCACAACUCAAUGUUGCAAACUGUAUCGAGCCCAAUGGAAGAAUGUCCUCUGAUCAGAUUGCAAAACAGGUGCACUGUGAUCCCAGCAUACUCUAUCGAUUAAUGCGCGCUCUGUCACAAGUCGGAGUGUUCAGGGAGUGUGAAGACGAUGAGAGUGGGGCAAGCCACAUGUUUGAGCACACAGAGGAGUCGAUAGCAAUGCGAAACGAGAACUUUGGCAACUUUGUGCUGGCUACGGGACUGCCAACCGUGUUCAAGACAUGGGAGUUGUUCCCAGAGGUCGUUACAAAGAGCGAUCUAUCGACAGGCAGCGGCAACACAAUCUCAAACAAGUUCUUUGAGGAGUUGGAGCAGCGACAAGAGGAAGCACUUGUGUUUGGUAAGGGAAUGACAGCCAUCACCUACAAGAUAGCACCAUUGUUGGUGGCCCAAUCAGACUACAGCCAGUUUGAUACAGUGGUUGAUGUCGGAGGAUCAGAAGGCAUUCUGCUGAGCGAGAUACUCAAGGUCAACAAGAACAUCAAGCUGGGCAUCAACUUUGACCUGCCACGACUAAUUGAGAAAUUCCAAACGUCGAUGCCAGAGCGCACAGCUCAACUCAAUGCUCGAUUCAAGGACGUCAGUGGAUCAUUCUUUGAAUCAGUCCCAACAGGUGAUUGUUUUAUACUCAAGAGUAUCCUACACGAUUGGAGUGAUCAAUGUGCCAAAGACAUACUCUGCACUGUUGUACGUUCAAUGAAGCCAUCGUCCAAGAUCUAUCUCUACGAAUUCCUCGUCAACAAUGAGAAGAAUGAGAAACAGUCACCGGUAGUAUGGAUGGACAUAAGGAUGCUCAAUUAUAAUGAUGGCAAGGAGAGGACAUUGAAGGAGUACCAAUCAUUGGCAACAGAGUGUGGAUUGGAAGUUGAGCGUGUUGUGUCAAUGGAGAUGUUACCAUCAUUGAUUAUAUUGGUAAAGGCAACUGCAACCACAUCUUGA